AGUGUCACUGUCAUUUUCUUAUCUGACCCGUUAUACUGCACUGCUUUAUAAAAUAUAGAAUUUCACUCAGAAUUCGAACUCAAAGCGUAAUUUGAAAUAAUAAGCAGUACCAAAAAAGGAAAUAUUUUAUUACACAAUGAAGACUGCAAUAGCUAAUGUUUGCAAAAUACUCCUUUUCGUGUUAAUCUUCAUGGGUUUCAUCUCUGAAGUUGUUAUCGGUAGUUCCUCAAAAAAGUUGCAGAUUGGAGUGAAGAAGAGACCAUCAGAGUGUCCAAUUAAGAGCAGAAAAGGAGAUUUGUUACAUAUGCAUUACACCGGUACCCUGGAAGAUGGUACAGAAUUUGACAGUUCUAUACCUCGGGGAAAUCCAUUGACUUUUACACUAGGUUCGGGGCAAGUUAUCAAAGGCUGGGAUCAGGGUCUGAUUGGCAUGUGUGAAGGGGAACAAAGAAAAUUAGUUAUUCCACCAGAGUUAGCUUAUGGAGAAAAUGGGUCACCUCCUAAAAUUCCGAAGUCGGCAACUCUAACAUUUCAUGUAGAUCUUGUCAAAAUAGAGAGAAGAGAUGAGCUCUAAGUAAAGACAAGAGAGUAUCUAAAUCUAGAUCAAUUUUAGAACACUAAUGUUUUGUAUUUCUAGUUUAAGUUGCAUGUAUGGAAAUAAUUUGUAACCUAAUUUAAUAGUUUAUAAAUUAGGCAUAUCAGCACAAUAAAUUGCACACAUAGAUUCAGUUUUAUAAAAUGUUGAUGAUCUCUUGAAAAUAAAGCAUUUACAAUACAA